UCUGUUGCUUUCCUUCUGAGAGGAGAGGGGAAUGGGGCAAGUAGGGCAGGAAGGAUUGUGUGUGCUGAGCAUGUGAUCAAGCCAUGCUCCAGGUCCUCCGACCUCUGCUGACCCUGAGAACCCUGAUCUCUGGCCUCCUGAUGCAUCCUGGUUCUGGAGCAUGCAUGCCCAGGGUUCUUUUUGCCCUGGAUCUGGGUAUUGUCUUUCUAGGCUCCAGGCCUUCCAGAGAAGACGACAUGGUCUGUUGGGCAGGAGUAAUGAACCUCCAGUCUUCCUCUUCAGGGGCAAAGCAGAGGCUGUCCCCUUUCCGGGUGCCUGCAAAGGGGGACCUCAGGAACUCCUCUGGGGUGGCCAGAGAGCUGGGGGCCUAGUGACCAGGAAAGGGUGAAGGCAGAAGUGCUCAGAGGGGGUGGUGCUCAGAGAGGCCAGGGUACUUGGGUUAAUCAUCACUGUGGCUCAGAUAAGGGCCUGCCAGCUGGAAGCAGAGUCAGUGGGACAGAAGGGGUUUUGUGGCUGGAGAGGCAGGCUCGACGGUGUGUCCACAGCAUUGGACCAUGCCAGGCACAAAACGCUUUCAACAUGUGAUUGAGACCCCGGAGCCUGGCAAGUGGGAGUUGUCCGGGUAUGAGGCAGCCCUGCCAAUCACGGAGAAGUCAAACCCACUGACCCAGGACCUGGACAAAGCAGAUGCCAAGGAGAUUGUUCGAUUGCUGGGGCAGUGUGAUGCUGAGAUCUUCCAGGAGGAGGGGCAAGUCAUGCCCACAUACCAGCGACUCUACAGUGAGUCCACUCUGACCACCAUGGUACAAGUGGCUGGAAAAGUUCAGGAAGUGCUGAAGGAGCCUGAAGGGGGGCUGGUGGUGCUGAGUGGAGGGGGCACCUCUGGCAGGAUGGCAUUCCUCAUGUCGGUCUCCUUUAACCAGCUGAUGAGAGGUCUAGGACAGAAACCUCUUUACACAUACCUCAUUGCAGGAGGAGACAGGUCUGUGGUGGCCUCUAGGGAGGGGACAGAAGAUAGUGCCCUGCACGGGAUUGAGGAGCUGAAGAAGGUGGCGGCUGGGAAGAAGAGGGUCAUCGUCAUUGGCAUUUCGGUGGGACUCUCUGCUCCCUUUGUGGCGGGCCAGAUGGACUACUGCAUGGAUAACCCAGCCGUCUUUUUGCCGGUCCUGGUUGGUUUCAACCCAGUGAGCAUGGCCAGAAAUGACCCCAUUGAAGACUGGAGUUCAACGUUCCGGCAAAUAGCAGAGCGGAUGCAGAAACUGCAAGAGAAACAGGAAGCUUUUGUGCUCAAUCCUGCAAUUGGGGACUCUCCUUCUUCUCCCAAUCUCCCCCUGGGUGUCAUCGCUCCUCAGCCCGAAGGCCUCAGCGGCUGCUCCCGAUUGAAAGGUGGAAGCGCUACCAAGGUCCUGCUGGAAACCCUGUUACUGGCAGCUCACAAGACUGUGGACCGGGGCAUCGAGGCAUCUCCGAGAUGCCUUCUGGAAAUCCUGCGGACAUUUGAGCGGGCUCAUCAGGUGACCUAUAGUCAAAGCGCCAAGAUUGCCGCGCUGAUGAAGCAAGCCAGCACUAGCCUGGAGAAAAAAGGCCGAGUGCACCUGGUUGGCUGGCAGACUCUGGGCAUCAUUGCCAUCAUGGAUGGAGUCGAGUGCAUCCACAGUUUUGGUGCUGAUUUCCGAGACAUCCGUGGCUUUCUCAUUGGUGAUCACAGUGACAUGUUUAACCAGAAGGCUGAGCUCAUCAACCAGGGUUCCCAUUUCACCUUCUCCCAGGAGGACUUCCUGACUUCCAUCCUGCCGGCCCUCACGGAAGUUGACACUGUGGUCUUCAUUUUCACCCUGGAUGACAACCUGGCCGAGGUGCAGACCCUGGUGGAGCAGGUGAAAGAGAAGACCUCCAACAUCCAGGCCUUGGCACACGGCACUGUGGGGCAGUCCCUGCCGACCCCUCUGAAGAAACUCUUCCCUUCCAUCAUCAGCAUCACGUGGCCACUGCUUUUCUUCGAAUAUGAAGGGAACUUCAUCCAGAAGUUCCAGCAUGAGCUCAGCACCAAGUGGGUGCUGAAUACCGUGAGUACAGGGGCCCAUGUGCUCCUUGGGAAGAUCCUCCAAAAUCACACGUUGGACCUCCGCAUUCGCAACUCCAAGCUCUUCUGGAGGGCACUGUCCAUGCUGCAGCGGUUCUCCGGGCAGCCCAAGGCUCGAUGCAUCGAGAGCCUCCUGCAGGCGAUCCACUUCCCUCAGCCACUGUCAGAUGAUGUUCGGGCAGCCCCCAUCUCCUUCCACGUCCAGGCUGCAGACAAGAAGGAACAGGUGAUCCCCAUAGCCUUGCUGAGCCUCCUGUUCCGGUGCUCCAUCCCCGAGGCCCAGGCGCACCUGGCCGGAGCCCCCUCUGUCUGUGAGGCCAUCAGGAGCGCCCUCACUGGACCGGGACGGAAGCGCAACGCGGAUGCCCUGGAGACCCUAGAGCCUGCCCUGCCGUGAGCUGGUGUUGCUGGGCGAGUGGAGGGGGCCAGCCCAGCGCUGCUCGCGGGGACUCGUUGGGCCAGCGACACGUGUGGUGGGAGGAGAGGCCCAGUGUCUGGGAGCACCAGCCCCCCGGGGCGGGGGCAGGGGAGACAGUCUGCCUCAGAUCGUGCUCUUCCCCGGUGGGUCCGCUUCCCUGGCAAAGUCUGAUUUCAGAAAUAAAACGGAAUGUCUUGUUUUGAAAAGUGAACUUUCCAAA